AUGCAAAUAAUUGACGCAAUUUUCAAUGUUGCGCUUCUGGGCGCUUGUGGCUAUGGCUUCUAUGCUUUGACUCCGGCUGAUAAUCCGUAUGCGUAUACGGCCGUAGCUUUCUGCUUUGUACAUGCGCUGCUUAUGCUGGUGCGUUCCUUUACCGACGAUGAGGAGCAAGAGGAUUGCACACGUUCCCUGGCGGUGUCCACCAGCAUUGCGGAUGUGCUGCCGCUGCCCUUGGCCAACAUUGAGUUCUACAGCAAAUCCUCACAGCCCGGGCCAGCUUUGGUGCAUGGCAUGUCGGUUAUAUUGCUGCUAUACGAUACAAUGGGCAAUCUGGGAGGAGAUUAUGAUAGCGCCACGGAUACGGUCAAGGAUCUGUCGGUGCUGGGCAACGUUGCGUCGGCUGUUUAUUGCGGCUUCAAUGAGGAGAAUUAUUUCCAUGUGGGCAUUGGUGUCGCGGCCGCUGUGGCGCGCUUUGGUGCCCCUUUGAUUGGCAAGUUCUUGCCAGAACUAACAAAUUCGAUUGACACUAUAGGCAAGGCGGCCAUAAUUGGACUAAUGACCUAUGGCCUGACGCAGCCCUAA